ACCUUUCCUUUUCCUAUAAGGAAAUAUUUCUCAUUUCUGACGUUGUUUUCCCCGUAAAUCAAUUUCCCUAUAACAUGCUAUGAAAUCGAAGCAGGACAUCACAGAGUUAUUCUUACUGCUACAUAGUCUAUAUUACUGAUGUCAUUCAAGGAGGUCAUAUGGCGGGGAAGGAUUAAGACAAAACAAAUUCGUAUUUCGUUUACUUCUGUAAUGAUUGACACAUUAUAUGGGUUAUUUACAAUAACAAUCUUCUGUUUACAGUAGCUAUAUUUUUGUUUACAAAUAGCUGCUACAUUGCUUUGUUAAGUUUAAAGAGGUUUGAAAAGAGGUUAAGAUUGUUAAGAAAACCACAUCUUAAAUAAAUAAGCAUUGUUUAAGUUUGACGAGCAAGAAGAAAAAGUAAAUGCAUAUAAACAUAAUAAAACAUGCUUCGGGAUGGUGCUAUUUAUGGCGCACAGCGAGAAACUUUAUAUUAAAGAAUGAGAUUUAGUAUACGUUUUUCAAUGUACAAUGAAGAUAUGCUAUCGUUUAAAGAUUCAGUUAUACAGCUACUCUUUGCUGAAUACGAGGAUGUAAUACACAGAAAAUUUCUUUUCUCAUAAAAAUAUCAAGCUUAAGCGGGAUUUUGCUCCUGUUGGUUUUGACAUGAUGAGUGGUUUAUGACAGGCGGAAAGCAAACCAAUAUUAGAAUGAAUAAAAGAAAAUGUAUCCGUCAGUUUAAAGUGUGUAAAGAACAAAAUAAUAACUUGGAAGAUUUAAGACUUUGUGACGUAUGCUUUUCCAACAUAAUACGUAUACGUAUAACCAACUGUGUUGUUUGCUAUGCUUCGUGUUACCGUUAUAAAUACUAGUGACUGUUUAAAAAGUAAAUUUGAAAUAUUUAUUUUAGAAAAGCUAUCUGUUGCGACGGUUGGCAAUUAUAAUUUUUUUAUGGCUAAAUGUGAACAUUUUAAAAUGCUGAUACUAACCAGUUAUUUUACUUUAAAUGCAAAUUGCAUUUAUAAUGGUUUUGAUAAAUUCAAGAUAGACAGCGUACGGUUUUAUCUUAUUUAUUCAUGUAUUACUUUGAUUACUUUUUAUGCAAGGAAAAUAAACAAGUAUGAAAUACGAUUUUGGCUUUCUCACAUUUUCGAUUUUGGUGAUAACAUCUUCUAAGGGAAUGCGCAACGCAGUGGAAAAAAAGCCAAAAUGCCAAUCCAUUGCAACCAAGUCAGUGUGUGGGUUUCUACGAAAAGAUGGUUACAACACUACCGGCUUUCCAAACAUAUACAACCAUCGCAAUCAGGAAGAGGCUUUGAGAGAUCUCAAUCAAUUUCAACCGUUAAUGAAAAUACAGUGUGCAAAGGAGAUUUCCCAAUUCCUUUGUACGACGUACCUUCCAUUUUGUCUUCCGCCGACACAAAAUAUAAUUUUACCUUGUCGAUCUCUUUGCUUAAAAUCAAAGAGUGGCUGUGAAGAAGUCAUGAAAAGGUAUGGCUUCCAUUGGCCGUUUAACUGUACCAUCUUUCCAGACGACACAAAAGGAGCCAUUUGCUUGGUAUACAAUGAUAAUAUUGUUAAAACUACUCCUAAAACAGUGGCUACAACACAACAUAUAACAUCAAAAAAACAAGGGAAAAAGAAGUUGAGAGGUAACGUAAAAGGUAAUGAGAACGACAAACUUAAAAUCAAAUGCCCGAAAGGAUUCCAGGUGGAUAUACGGAAGGUGGUGCACAGGAAUUCAAAAUGCUGCCCAUACGCUUCAAAAUUUGUUUUAUCCGCGAUAUGUCAAACAAAAACAACAUGCGACUUUGUUGUCGAACAGAAAACAUUUGGAGGACAUUGCGAAGGAAAAGUUGGGUCAGUCCUUGUGAGAUACAAAUGUUUCAUUCAAUCCAAGAAUUCAUCACAGUGUUAAGAACGUGAUCUAAACAUUCUUAUUGUAAUUUUCAAGAUAUAUUUUAAGAUAAACCGCAUUGAAUUUGUUUUGUAUGUUAGAUGUGUUUUCAGUUAUGUAGAAACUGUCAUAAUAUACACAGUUAAGAGAUAGAGCAUAUACAUAGUUUAGCUAAUAAUUAAUACACGUUUUUGGAAGAACACUGCGAUUCGAGAAUCAUUCUUAAUUUCUUCUAUUUUACGACAACAAGGUUUUAUUAAGAUGUUCCUAGAAAUCACAAAAUAACUAGCCCUCCUUUCAUUCCUCCUUUUUCGAUAUAUGUUCUUAGGUGCGAAGCCGUAUAAAGCCUCUGAAUUGGUGUUAAUUUUUUGACUAACGGAAAGCCUGAUGUUCUUAAUGCCAUUACUACCAGGGAUUUUUGCCUUUCCUCUGCAACUUACGAUCCGGAAUUAUUUUUUAAUAAAACUUUGCAGUUCUACAGGCCUUUUUAAGCAUCUACAAUUUAACUUUAAAUAAUUUUUAUGACGUCAUCAAUCUUGUGAUCAUUAAAUCUCGUUAUUCAUGAAAUUAUUUGUUGAGCUUUAUUAUGUUAUAAUUGUUGUAAUUUUAAAAUGAUUUGCAAUCCAAAGAUAACACAUAAUAUACAUGUACUCGA